AUGUCCGAAAGAACCGCAAGAGAGAGUUUGUAUACAUUGUCAAGGGGUGUUGUUGAAACUUUUGGAGACGUGUAUUUGCGGAAACCUUCGUUGCAUGAUUUGCAAGAAUUGUAUGCGGCGCAUGAAGAAUGUCAUGGGUUUCCCGGAAUGAUCGGAAGCAUUGAUUGCACACACUGGAAAUGGAAAAAUUGUCCGGUAGCAUGGAAAGGGCAAUACGCAAGUGGUCAUCACGGAUCACCUUCAUUGGUGUUAGAGGCUGUCGCUUCUCAAGAUUUAUGGAUUUGGCAUGUAUUUUUUGGGGUUGCGGGUUCCAACAACGACGUCAACGUUCUUGAUCAGUCGCCAAUAUUCGACGAUCUUUUGAACGGAAAAGCCCCGGAUGCUCCUUUCACGGUGAAUGGAAACGAAUACAAAUAUGGGUAUUACCUUACAGAUGGAAUAUAUCCUCAGUAUUCCACAUUCGUGAAGGCAUUCCGCCACCCGGUUGAAGAACGAGACAAAUUUUUUAAGAGAAGACAAGAAGGAGCACGUAAGGAUAUGGAACGUGCUUUUGGGGUGCUGAAGGCGAAGUGGCAUAUAGUCGAACAUGCAGCACGACCAUUGGAUUUAGAAACUUUACGAUAUAUCAUGUAUGCGUGUAUCAUAAUGCAUAACAUGGUAGUAGAAGAUAAAGGGCGAAAUAUUGCACACUAUAUCCCAACGGAGCCCAGACACGUUCAGUUUCAGCCAGGAACAGCAGAUUAUUUGCAUCGCGUUGUUGACAUUCAGGACGCAAAUAAACACAAACAACUACGAGAGGACUUGGCGGAUCAUAUCUUCUAUGGAUCGACAAGGAGAAAGAGAGGGAACUUCCACGAAGCAUCCCCUCCCCACCUCUCUCUCUCUCUCUCUCUCUCUCUCUUCUUCUUCUCCGAUCACCAUAUUCUUUCUUUUCAUGGAGUCGAUGAACAAUACGAUGAUUCGGCUUUAGAAGGUGUCGCUGCAAAUGUUAAGUUGUUACUAAAAUUGGUUCAAGAUCAUAAGGAAGCUUGCCAAACCCAUAAACGUGAUGGUCGGAGGAUGCUGAGGGUGGCUGGGAUGAUGACCAUUCUUGACAUGGUCCGAACCCGUAUUCAAAAAUGUCAAUCCUUCGGGGCUGAUCGAUCCGAGUUAAGACGUUGCAAUAGCGAUAUGCGAACUAGUAUUGUCGAAAACGAGAAACGAUCAACCGAAUCACAUGUGGUUGAUGACAAAGAGAAACUUAAGAGACAGUUGAGUGCCAGCUCAGCAGCUCGUAAAAGUCUGGAGGCCAUGUGUUCAAGUUUGGGAAAAGAAAAAGAAAUCAUGAUGGGGGAGUUAGCCCGAAAAGCCCAUGAAUUAGCCGAAAUGGAGGAUCAUAUCCAAGAUCUAAAAGCUCAAAACGAUUCGUUGUUGGAAAGGGUUAAAGAUUGUGCGGAGGUCCAUGAGCCUGGAGUGAAAGAAUCUCAAGAAUCAUCCUCGGUUUAUGAGCAUAACAAGGCCCUUAAAGAUCAACUUAUGAGAUCGCUUAAUGGGUAUAGAAAUAUGAAAAAGAACCUUACGGAAGUCCGCGAGGAGAAUCUUUUAAUGCAAUCAAAGAUCGAGGAAAUGGCGAUUAAAGUUGGUGCAAGCCUCGAGAAGAUUAGAAGGUAUAGACAAAAUCAUAAUGAAAAUAAUGAAGAGCUUUCGGAUAUUGAAGAGGGGAUUUUGGAACUUGAGCAUAUAUCGAAGUGUUUUGAUAUUGGUGAUAGAAAAAAAGGCAAGCGUGGUGAAUGUGGUCAUGUGAAUAAGAAGAAUAGUGUUCCGAAACCUAUCCGAGCUUCGGAAAGACGAGGGGUACUUUAGAAGGAUCGAUAUAUAGUUUGUCAUAGAUAUCGUAGAAGAUCGAUACCUAUAAAGUGCUUACGCCAACAGAAAACCCUACCAAGGAGUUUUUCCAGAUGGAGCAAAAAAAUAAAUUUUCGACAGUGGACUAUUGUACGACAAUGGAGGAAAUUAUAUAAAAAAAAUUAAAAAACACCAAAUAUUAAUUUAUAUUGUGAUUCAUAGAUAAAGUGAAUAGAUAUGUAUCAUUUAUUGUAUUUUCUAUUAUUUUAAUAUCUUUUAAGUUCUGUGUCUUUAAUAUGAAUAAAUUUCAAAAAAAAAAAAACUAUUUCAAUUUUUUUUUAUAAGAACUAAGUUUUUU